GGCCUGCAUACAUAUAUCGCAAAGACUGGCCAUACUAUGCUGGGUGCCUACGCCUCCUUCCAUUGGUUCUACUACCCUCUCUUUCUCACUCACACACUAAUACCCAUGACAAACACGGGUCAAUGCCCCAUGCUGAUUCAACCCCGAGAUAAACUAAAUCCUCUUUCACUGCAAACACAGUGUUGUUGGGCCUUGCUUCUACUGUGUGGAGGCAAGCUUUGCUGGCAGGCCCGCCAUACAGGCGCGGGCAUUCAUUAGGGGGCGAGUUCGGCUUGGCUCACUGCAUGCAUACAUACAAGUGAGCUCUCAGCAAUCAUUCAGGUUAUAUGCUCUCUUCCCCGUUGCAACGCAGCAAUCGCUUCUCUGUGUGAAAGGCUUGUUGUGUGACUCUGUGCAGACUCUCUGUGUGUGCUGGAUAUGUGGAUAUAUUUUGUACAGCCAGCUACGUUGGGCCGCUGCCUGUAGAACUAAGUGGAUCGCAGUUUGGUCUGCAGAGGGAAUGCGUAUACGGAUUUGCUUGCAUUCUACACUACAGGAAGAAGUUUACUGUGGAUAUUUACAUAUAUAACUUUAUAUCCAGGCCGAUUGGAAUACAUUAAGCUAUGUAAAUCUGUUUGUAUGAUAAAAAGAAUCGCAAGAGGAUUGUUUUACAAUUGGAUUAGAGCAGAGUUUCACUUUUGGAAUAAGCCAAAGAAGAGAACAGAAAAGGCGCUCUGAGUUUCAUUACCGCAUUACAAACUGCAGGAAUAAACUAAGUCUCCAGGGAAAAACACGCAGUUAACAUUAAAGAGUUUUUUAAAGACUGAAUGAAUCAGGUUGCGGAAGUUUGCAAGGCAGGAUCAAUGAGUUACCAUAGUUUAUAAAGAAACGAUAUUAUUUUCAGUGAAGCUAGAAAGACAUAUAUGUGUCUUUAAUUUGAGGAUACCAUCCAUGGGCUGUCUUAGUGAUCGCAAAAGAGAAAAGAGUGAGAGUCCGAGUCGAAAGCGAAGAAGGAUGUCCCAAGGCCUGGUAGAGACUUCACCCAGUCCUCCCCUGGCCAGGCCCUGGCUAUCAGGCACCUCUAGCCAUCACCACCACCCGCACCACCCCUUCACCGGGGCAGGGGCGCAUCGAUCACCCCCUACCAACCACACCGUAGGGCCCCUUGAUUGGUGCAAUAAUCCAACCACCCAGAGGCCAGCUGGAAGAAUAAGUCCACCCACCACGAUGAGACGGCAGAGCCAGCGUCAGAGGGAGAGGUUACUGAGGAGUCGGAACCAGUCGUCGUCCAUUGGUGUGAUGAACGCCGCUGACCAACGGGCCUUUCAUCCUCCUAACCCCCCUCCCCACCCUGGGGUGCUGUCUCACGGGAACCAUGGGGCGCAUCAUCAAGGUGUUCCGUUUCAACCUCAGCUCAUCAUUGAUCUCAGUAAUGAGGUCUCUGUACCAAGCAGUGUACCCCUGUCCAUUCCAAUGUCAGUCCCAACCUUUGCGGUGCCUGUAUGCACCGGCCAUACCACCAUGCCGACAUGCAGCAGCCAGUCAAUCCACUACCCAUCGCCCCUCUUCGCCGGUGGAGUGCCGCCCCACCAUCAGACAGUACCCUCCCACAUCCCCAUGUGCAACGUGGGCCACCUGCCAGUGUGUGGUAUCCACAUACCCACCUGCCACGGUCACCAUAUGCCAGUCUCGCAGGGGACCCAGACCACCCUCUUGCAACAGCAACAGGAAGCACUCCUGGGGCACCUCCAAGUAGCAGCGGCAGCACAACAGCACCCUGCGGCACACCACCACCACCAUCAUCAUCACAUGCCCACGGCACAGGUGCAGUACAUUCCCUCAGCACCACAUCAUCAGCAGCACCACCAGCGUACUGGUGAAGUGGAUCACCUGAUGAACGAGAGUCCAGCAGCAUUCCAUGUGCCUUCAUCCACCCAUCCUAAUCCUCCAUUCUCAUCUAGUUCCCUCCACAUCAUCCCCGAUCCCUACCUGAGAACCUCAGCAGAUGUCCAUCAACUGUUCACCUACCCUCGAUUCAACAGCAUGGGACGUCACCAACGGAGACCAAUGCCACGCCCACUCAGGCCCCCACCCGCAGCCCUCCAGCCACUUCUGUUCAGAUAUCUACUGCCCAGUCCCCAGGUGACUCAGGGUUUCCCUGUUGAGCUGGAGCCCGAUGAUGCCGAAGUAGAGAAUUACGAAGCCCUUCUGAACCUAGCCGAAAGACUCGGGGAGGCCAAGCCAAGGGGGUUGAGCAAAGCGAAUAUCGAUCAGCUACCUUCGUAUCGCUACAACCCGGAGACACCCCGAACCAUUAAUGACCAAACAUGCUGUGUGGUAUGCAUGAGUGAUUUUGAGACCAGACAGACCCUACGCGUUCUGCCAUGCAGUCACGAGUUCCAUGCCCGCUGUGUUGAUAAGUGGCUCAAGAGCAACAGGACCUGCCCCAUCUGCCGCGCCGAUGCCUCCGAGAUCAACAGCCAAUCGAGUUAGAGGAUCAUGCCAAACAAUCCAACACACCGGUAGACAUGGAUGAACUGCAAGAUUGUGAGAUGACCCAUCAUGUGAUACGUCGUCUACCAAUCAUUGGCUUCCUUUGCAUGAAGGAAGAGUCAAGACCUUGUCGGUGCAGCCUGUCGAAGGUGUAGUCUUCGAGGCUUCCUGGAAGCAUCAUCCAGAGUCACUACUAAAAGAUCAAAGUCUUGUUUAUUUCUAUAUAUUUCAGGGAUAUUUACUAAUUCUUUUCUUCUCUUUAAUACUCACUCGCUUUUGAGAUUAGAAUUAUUUUAUUUGUGAUGUAUGCGGUUUGAAUAUGCACUUUUAUGCAGAUUAUUAUUAGAGUUGUUGUUUUGAAGAAAAGAAAAUCUUACAAAGUAAUCUUGCUUGCGGUUUUACAUGUACCUCAGAAAGUAUGUAACCUUGUAUGUAGAGUUUACCUUCACUCUCCUAUAUCAUGCUAGUACUCUAUACCUAAUAUUUAACAAUCAUUUGUAGAGCAAAAAGCAUGGUACACCCAAGCAACUCGAGCGUAGCAAUAAACUUAGUUGUAGCUAGUGUAUUGGAUGAAAUAUAGCAUGGUAUUUCAAACAGCACUGUGGUCUCGUCAAAGCUUUCUCCUUUGUCGUGAUCAGUUUCUUAUCAGUACAGCUUUUUCAAUCCUCUGUUGUGAGGUUCGAUUUAUUUUUAAACUGCAAUAAAUUUGUUCCUUCAAAAAUGUCAUCGUUAUGGCUAUAUUUCGCAUUAAUGAAAAAAUACCCUUUGGUCCAUGCAUUAUUUUUUUCUCUCCUUCUGUUCUUUCUAUUUGUAACUUUCUCAUCUAGAUUAAUCGUGCAAUCUAUACUCAUGCUUUUGUUUUAAUUGAAUUUUAGCUUCUCUGUACAUUCUAAUUUGAGUAUGACGUUCAUACUUUCAUCAAAGAUUUAUGAUUGAAACCUUGCUAUUUGUAUGCUUUCUAGAAAGAUAUUUCCUAUUUUAUUUAUCAGCAAAGACUGCAAAUCAUGUGGCAUUUACUUAAUCCUGGUGUAUUCAUAUAUUAUUAGUUGAUUUAUGUUGAUGUUUUGUUAUAUUUCCGUGUACUACUGCUGCCAUUUCAUUUUUUAAUCCAGUUUUCUGAGCCAUUAUAACAUGAUAUAUGUAAUAUUAUUUAUACUGUUCCUUUAAUUCUUCAAAAUUCAACUGACAUUGAUAAUAUGGAAGAAGUGCUGAAAUAUUUUCAAAUUGGUAAACUCCUCUGCACAGUGAUAUUCACUGAUGGUACAAAAUAAUAACAACUUUUAAAAUCAGACGGUAUUUAGGAGACAAACUUCCACAAAUUCAAGAAAUUUUUUGAAGAUAUGGUAGCAAAUUCCAUAGCUGCCCACUCUGGCUUUUAAACACAAUGCUUAUUCAUUCUUCCACGAUCUUGCUAUUCUCUCUCUCUCUCUGUCAUUAUGUAGGCUGGCAGUACAGGAUGUUGCCAAUUUGAUUAAAUUUGCUCAGGAUUUGUCGCUCCAACUCCCCUAACGAUGUCACUCUUAACAGCUUUUUUUCGCUCAGGGAUAAACAGAAUUACAAAUUGUUUACAGUGCUUACUUCGAUUAGUGUUGCCCCUAUUCGAUCCACAAUCUACAGUUCCCGUGGCAACAAUUGUUUAUCAUAUGUGCAUUUAUUAAUAGAAUUAAUUCUUUUUUUUCUUGAUAUUUUCCCUCCAUUCUCUUUAACAGUGCCUUAUAGGUUUUUAUUUUGUUCCUUUCCUUUAUACGUCCACUGUCGUUCCUCCUUUUCCUAUUGUUGUGAGGUAUAAUUAGAGUGUCUUCAUUCGAUAUGGCAAGUAGUUGCAGCUAUGGUGUACUUACUUUUUAUAUUCACGUUACACUUUCAUAGAUCACGUUUGAUUGUCAUAUUAGUCUUAUUUUGAUAAUGUUUUUUAUAAUUAGGUCAUGUUGUGUAACCCGUCUUAAUUUCUUUAAUGUUGCCAUUAUUGUAUUACCAAACUUAGCUUGCUUAAUUCACUUUUUAUUUACCCAGUUUGCAAUAUUUAUUCCUCAAAGAAAUCAUUUUUGGUUUGUUCCUUGGUUUAUUUUUUUGUCAUUUUGCAACUAAUACUACUUCUAUUGAAUGCGAAAAGAAAGACCAUUUCCUUUUCAUGUAUCUCAUUUCAAAAUUUUAUUUUCUUACACAUGUUCAGUUAUUAUUAUUGAUUGUGAAAUCUUUGAAGUCAUGUGACCAAGGAGCUUUUUUAAUAGUUGGCAAUAUGCAAUAGUGUAUUCUGCUAUGUGGUGCUUUCUUAGGAAAAAGAAACUGGGAUAUAGGAAAGCUGCGUAGAACAGAUUUCCACAUUUUCAUGCAAAUAUUUUACAUGUCAAAGUGUUCUCAUUCUCAGCAAACCUUAGUGAGUAAGUGAUUUUUUUGUGGUUAGGGCCAGAUUGAAAAGGAGAUCAUUGGCUUAUAAAAAAAACGCAUCAUUCUGAGAUUUAUAUUUGUAUCUGAAUCUGCAAUCUGCUUUACUGGAAAACUACACAUUUAGCAGUAGUUGUCACGGCGAUUAUUGAUCCAUUCAUUGUCUUGAGAUACAAAUCUUGAUAUGUUACUACUUUGUUCUAAAAAAAACCCCAAAUAUGUACAGUAUCGUCCACUAGAUCCACAUUAAACAGCAUUUUGCACCAGAAAAAAUGUAUAAUCACCCUGUUUUUCUGUUGGAAUGAUUGGAAUAGCUCAAAGUACUUGUCCAUCCUUAUAAAAGUUGCGAUGCAUAUUCUGACACAGUUCACCAGCCUUGAAAACAUUUAAUAUCUUUUUCUUUUUUUUUUGGUAAAAUACCUGUUACAGUAUUGAACUUCAAAGAAUUCAUCUGCUGGCAAUCCAUCUGCAUGAAUUAACCCCCACUCCACCCUACCCUGCCCCCCCCCCCCUUGAAGUAAAGUUCUAUACUCUUUACAUUAACUUGCAUGAUUACCUCCUAUAAAUAUCAGAUGCAAUGCUCCCAGUUCAGGUCUGGUGUAGUUUUGAGGUGUGUAUGUAGUAAGUCGCACUGUUAUAUGCUUCCUAAAGUCCUGAUUCGAAUCAGUGUCAACCUCGUGAAUGCAAUUUUGAUAGCAAGAAUGGAUUUCAAUUAAUUUGUAAAAAAAAAAUGUACCAAAAUGCAAAUCAAAUUCUCUUGUGUUACCCAUAUUGUUUUGUCGUUGUUAAAUUUAUCUCAUGAAAGCGUGUGCCUAGUCUUUUUGAAGAGUUAGUCGAUAGAUUUAGUUAGAUGAGUUUGUAAGACUCAUUUGGGCGUGAAUGUAACGAUUUCUGGGUUUUGUAUAAUCAGGCUUUGUUGUGUAUACUUGCUUACGUUAGACCUCACCAAAUGGUUAUUCGCUUUUAUAGCUGCAGCGUUCAGUGUAAAGACUCAUACACAGUAUUUUAUAUCAUCGUACCUCUUUAGGAUAGUAUGUUAAAUCAUAUUUCUUGCGAUAUCAUCAGAAAAUGUAAGAAACUAUUGUUACUGAUGGUCUAUUUAUUGUUAGCCGUGGAUUUGUUAACUGCAUAAUCUUUUUAUGGUGGAUAAGAAAGUCUUACCAUUUCCAUUUGAUGGCAUAUUAAUUUGCCGUGUUCUUUAACAACAAACAUUAUGAAUAAUCAUCUUCAAAUUUUUUACAGUGGAAUUCUGUCUUAUUGGAUAUUUAGUAUACAUCGUUAACAAUAGGAUAGGUGGAUUUGUGCUCUGGAAAAUUGUGGUUGGAAAAAAAUAAUAAAAAUGGUAGUUUAAAAAAAAGA